AUGUCAUUAUAUUGUCAGAAAAUGUCAAGGAAUAGAAACAUAAGCAUAGUAUUCAAGAGGCUGCUUAACUAUGGCAAGCCUCAAAAUCCUUCUUGCAUUGCUGAAGGACAAAAAAUAGAGCCCAUCAAAAGAAGUGGCGAAUCGCUCGAUGUUAAAAGAGCAAGACUUGUAUAUCAGUCCAGGAAGAGAGGAAUCUUAGAGAGUGACUUAUUAUUAUCUAGAUUCGCUCAGAAAUAUUUAAAAACUUUUGAACAUCAUGAGCUCGACGAGUAUGACAAGUUGUUGGACGAACCAGAUUGGGAUAUAUACUACUGGGCAACAAAGAAUUAUAGUAUUACUCCACUUCCUGAUAAGUGGAAAGACUCGAAGAUAUUAAAGCUUCUUCAGGAGAGUUCUGAGAACAAAGAAGGGAAAAUUUUGAGGAUGCCUGCUUUGGAAGAGUAUGAUCUUCCAAAGGCAGAUGCAAAUUGA